UGGCAACAAAAUAGUGCGUGGCCGACUAGGUGAGAAGUGAGCCGCUAGAUUUAUGGAUAUAUAGUUAUACUCGAUAUUUAUGAUUGCAAAAACUUUAUCAGUAGAGUACGGGGAGGAUUCAGAACACUCUACUUAAUUAUUUCUAUCUUCCCUUGCCUUCUCCAAUGUCCAUUCACAAGAACCUAUAAUUAAUUAGUUUGCGGGGGCGACACAUUGACACUAUAAAAGACAGAUCGGACACGUACGGCCGGAAUAGUUUGGCGCAUAUACUCACAAUUUCUUUGGAUAUGAGGAUAUUGAGCUUAGUGCAGUGCUAAUGGAAGAGGCUACAGUUUUGUUGUGUAUUUGUACUCUACAGUUGCUCACGUGCAUCCGUGCUGGUGAAAAUGAGACUCGAGUGGGCAAAGACUUCUUACAGUUUGACCAUUAUAGCUCAAAUAUAAGACAACAACAGACUGGAACAGAACACCUCGUUCAGAUUUUUCCAUCAAAGCAAGUGUAUACAAUAAAGAUACUGCCGUCUGUUACCAUGAAGAACAAUCUAAAUAAGCGCAUGUUUUUAGUGAACAAGCCAGAUCUAACCAAAACACAGGACCAAAAGCGAGAACCAAAGAAAAGUGAGUUUAUCUAUGGCACAGACGAUCGCAUCAUGGUGGAGAGCUACAAGCUGGGACAGUACCCAUACUUCAAUGUGGUCAAGCUGUCGUCUGGAUGUACCGGUACUCUGUUAACCCCAAACUACGUCAUGACGGCGGCACACUGCGUUCAUGACGGAGUGGAAUUCCACAAGAACAUGGAAAUGCUUAAAAUUCUGAUUCCCCGUAAAAUGGGAUAUAGACUCCAUUACGCCAGGGAGAUUAUAGUGCCCUACAACUGGCAAAAGUCCGAGGGUGUUUCGGAUGCUAGUCGUGUGGCUUUCGAUUAUGCCAUCAUAAGAUUGGCCAUUAGCGUGUUCGGCCGCCAAGACUUCUCUCCCUUACGUGCUAUCAAGUCCAGCAUUUAUUCGGAAAAGCUCUGUUUCUUUGCGUUUCCUAACAACGAAAAUCUGAUGUGGAAAUCCGAGUGUAACGGCUGGAACAGCUUUCCUUGGUUUAACCAAAAUGUUCUCCUGAGUAAAUGUGAUUCUGCUCGAGGAAAUUCGGGUGCAACGAUUCUGGCCCAGGAUGAUCGUCAUGGCAAUACAUACAAAAUCAUAGGAGUUCUUUCCAGUGUCAUACCAGAGAAACACUACACGUCGUUCAGUCUACUGACUGCGGACAAGAUCAGUGAUAUAUGUACAAUGAUUUACCCCGAGGGACAGACCUACAACAUAUGCCCUCACCACGAGUCCCUGCUGACGAGCCCGUGGUUAUACAAAGGCUGAGAC